AUGUCGGUCGUGUUGGAAUGUCUGGAGAUUUGGCUAUACUUUGGUAGGACAGGUUAUCCUAAAACGAAUCUUCGAAAGCAUUCUUGGGAGCUAUUGUGCAGAUUGGGUAGAAAUGGUAGUGGGCUUUGGAUAGUUGGUGGAGAUUUUAAUGAGAUCCUCGGGCAAGCGAAUAUUGGGGAAGAAGGUUUAGACCUAUGUCACAGAUCCGUGAGUUUGGUGAGGCUCUUGAUGAUGGCUUAA